AUGAAAGAUGUUACAGAUGUCCUAGGAUUGACGGAGAACAUUCGGAACGUAUGCUUUUUAGCUCACGUUGACCAUGGAAAGACCACAUUAUCAGAUAGUUUAAUUUCAAGCGUUGGUAUUAUAAGUGAAAGACUUUCCGGAAAGCUGAGAUACCUGGAUAACCGUGAUGAUGAACAACGUCGCAUGAUUACAAUAAAAUCCUCCAGUAUAUCGUUACUAUACUCAAAACCAGGGAUAAAUUCAGACAAAAAUACUAAAGAAACAACUAAUCAUAGUCCUAGAUUGAUUAAUCUUGUAGAUUCCCCGGGACAUGUUGACUUCUCUGUUGAGGUUUCUACCGCUGCCCGUUUAUGCGAUGGAGCUCUUUUGAUUGUCGAUGUAGUCGAAGGAAUAUGUCCUCAAACUAAGGCAGUUUUGAGGCAAGCAUGGCAUGAAAAUGUUAAAACGGUCCUAGUUUUGAAUAAGCUUGACAAGUUGAUUUUGGGCUUACACAUGACCCCUCUAGAAGCAUACAGACGUAUGUACAGUUUAGUAGAACAAGCUAACGCACUAAUUUAUCAGCUGUAUAUGGAAGAAGUCAUUAAAAAUGAGGAUUUACCUAAUAUCACAAAGAGCGAGAAAUGGUUUUAUUCUCCAGCUGAAGGAAAUGUAGCAUUUUGCAGUGCUAUACAUCGUUGGUGCAUUUAUAUACCAGAGUUUGUAUGUCAAGUUGCCAACAAAUUAGGUAUUUCCCAAAAUAAAGUUGAUGCCCUUCAGAAGGCGCUUUGGGGAGGCUAUUAUUUUUGCAACAAAACAAAAUCUGUAAAGGUUUGUAAAGGCGACGAAAAGCCAAUGUUUGUUCAAUUUGUACUUCAACAAAUAUGGACAGCUUAUGAUGCAAUUAUUUCAUGGAAUACGGAAUAUAUAACUAAACUUGUUACACACUCCAGUACCAAAUUGUCCACAAGGCAGUUGAAAUUGCUAGAAAACCCGAAACUUCCAAGCUCCGAUGAACGAGACGAGUUAUUACAGGCAAUCAUGAGCAACUGGCUCCCAUUAUGCAGCGGAAUGCUACGUCUCAUCGUUGAUUCACUACCUGACCCAAGUUCCGCAGCUAGAAAACGCCUCAAAAAAAUAUGCCCAGCGAUAUUAUCAUAUGAAAAAUAUGAUCAUAUUAUACAAUCACAUUCGUCUGCUCCUGUAGUAGUACAUAUCGCAAAAUUUUUAGGAUCAGAUUUAAGACAUAUGCGUCUUACCAGAGAUGUAUUACAGGGGGAUGAACGUGCUGGAGAUUUUAUCGCAUUUUCUCGCGUAUUUAGUGGUACGGUCCGACGAGGAGAUUGGUUAUAUAUCUGCAAUUCUACAGCACCUACUAACGAUUCUGAACCUGAACAGUCUAACCGUCUUUGCGUUUUAAAAGUUAUGAUACUCAUGGGCGCUGAUUUAAUAGAUGUAGAUGCUGCGUUUUCCGGUAAUAUUGUAGCACUUCUAUUAUCUGAGACAGCUGAGAUUCCGAAUGAAGAAACGCAAAACCUGAAGAGACAAGAGUCGAUAAAGGAUGUUAUGGCCUGGCUUUUGUCACUAGCGGAUCCUCAUAGAUCUAGAUUACACACAAGUGGUGAAUAUAACAGAAGUCGCAUAUCUCGUACCGGAACUCUUUGCAGCGUUGAUCGCCAUCUUACACUUAGUAGCGAUCCUAAUUUCCCACCAUUUUCACCACCGACUUGCGAGUUCAACAACUCGAUUAUUCGUGUCUCUGUAGAACCACAACAUGUUAAGGACAUGAAUCAGCUACUCAUCGGUCUUGCUCUUUUGUAUACCGCUGAUCCAGCAGUUGAAUUUGAUAUUUUGAAAACUGGCGAAUAUGUUCUAGCAUGUUGCGGAGAAAUUCACCUGGAGAGAUGUAUAAAUGACCUCGUAAACCUAUACGCAAAAAUACCAAUCAAUGUCUCAAAAUUGAGAGUUUCUAUAAGAGAAGGUAUAGUUGAUUUGAAUUAUAGCGAUAAUAAGGGAUUGUCCUAUUCUAGUGCUUUGAGUGUUAAGGUAAAUUUCCCACCAUGGAAAAAUACACAAACGGAGGAAUUACCAACUGAUCGGGAUUGUUCCACAGACAAGGGACAAUUUUUACCUGUAUCUGGAAUUGAAAAUUUGUUUAUAACGGCUGAUGCUGUAGCUAAAGGUACAGAGUAUUCUGUCAUUGGAAACGGUGAUGUUGCAAUCUUUCUAAAGACCAAACAAAUGUCAUCACAAAUCCUAAAAUACCUAGAUGAUAACAGUAAAGAUAUAAAAGGUGCUAUAUAUAGCGGUGAUGUACCCCUAAAAUAUGUCACAGAUACAAGUUCGCCUACACUGACAAACUGUCUAAAUGCCAUUGAAGAAGAUCUGUAUUCCAUAAUUACUGGGGAUGUUGAUUCUAGUCCUCAAAAAAAAAACUAUGGCAAGCUUUGGGGUAUGAGCUUGAAUAGGGGGAGCCGAUGUCUGCUGUUUUACAAUAGAAAUUCUUGUAUAUAUACAUGCAAUUCAAAUGCAGUAAGCAAAGAAAAUAUGACCUGUCUAGAACCAUUAAAUUGGUCAUUUGCUGAUUCUUAUGGAAGGACAAAUUUAUCAUCAAUUCAAUAUUCAAAUUUAAUUACGAAUUUGAUUUCUGGGUUUGAAAUGGCAUGUCAAUCUGGUCCAAUCACUGAGGAACCAUUGAGAGGUGUUAUAUUCAUUAUUGAAGGAAUAUAUAUCGCAGGGAUACAUAAAGUUUUACAAUCUACAAGUGAGCCACGUACACCGGUUAACAAACCAUCAGAUGUUUCAAAAUUACCAGAUCUACAUCUAGUCAUAAGUGAUAAUUUAGAUGAUUCCUACGAUCCUGAUAAGUUUCUGGAAACCCAUGGUCUAGACUCUGCAACGCUACGGACUCCUAGCCACACUUUUGACGAUAAGAGUGAUUGUGCCUUUGAUCAUUAUUCAAUAAAAAUUAGUGAUUCAUGCACACUUGCUUCAUCGAGGAGGUCUACUUCCUACCCAUUUUCAGGGAAACUAAUGUCCUCCAUGAGGAGCCUCUGUAGAAAGGCGUAUAUGCAAAGAGGGCGUCCAAGAAUCUAUGAAGUUAUUCUUCACUUGGAUUUGCAAUGUGAUCAAUCCGUCCUUGGAAAAAUUUAUUCUGUUCUUCAAAAGCGCCGCACGCAAGUUAUAUCUGAAAAUGUUAAGGAUGGAACAACCACAUUUAUAAUUGAGGCAACAAUGCCCGCAUCUGAAUCAUUUGGUCUAGCGCAAGAUCUGCGCUCAAAGGCAUCUGGUGGUGUAAUUUUCCAUCUUCAGUUUAGUCACUGGGAACUCAUACUGGAUGAUCCUUUCCCAGAAGUAUCAAUGACUGACGAGGUAUUAAAUUUUCUUUAUGAACGAAUGUCACAGGAACUAGAAGAUGAUGGCUUUAAUAUGGCACUAAUGUUGCAAUCAAAUGUUCCACGAAAAAUAAUCAACCACAUAAGGAAAAUCAAGGUAAUUUACAUGUUUACAAAUUAUAAAAUUCAGGGUCUUCCUACCGAAGAAAAGAUUGUUCAUUCUGCAGAAAAACAACGUACUUUAUCUACAAAGAAAUGA